AUGACUGGACGAAAGGACUUUUUCUUCCACGGAGUCCAAGACUGUGUCAGUUUAGGUUUAGGACAAUAUGCAGGAAGGUGGGAAGAUGAGGCAUGCGGGAACACGUAUGGAUACGUGUGCGAGUUUGCUGCUGUUUUGAUACCUACUGACUCACAUGCAACACCGGCACCGACAACGCCUUCCUUGAAAGGAGAUGUAAACAUGUGCCCAUCAAACGUCCUGUCAUUAUCACACCGCUAUGGAACGCUAUUGGCAAAACAUGACAGGAGCUGCUACGAACUGCUGCACAAUAAAGUCACCUGGGACCAUGGAGAAGCCCUAUGCCAACAGGCAGGGGGACACCUAGCACACAUUAAUAACGCACAGGAGCAGAAUUACAUACAGUCAUUUAUGAUGGCGUAUAAUCCAACGAAAGCCUUUUGGAUCGGUUUAAAUGACAGACGAACUGAGGGGCGAUUUGAAUGGACUGCAGGCGACCCGGUGACGUUCACAAACUGGACACCUGGUCACACAGACAACUUUGUGAAUCACACCGUCGAGGAUUGUGUGGUCGUAAUACCAUACAAAGGAGGAAUCUGGGACGACAUUCCCUGCGGAUCUCAGAGCUUCGUUGGUAGUGACAAUGGAGAGACCCAUCUCGCCUUUUGUGAAUACAACAUCGGAGCCAGUGGGGGUGUGCUAGUUGGACGCUGAAGUCAAGAAACUGAAAUUUCCGUGUAAUUGUGCAUAAUACACCAAUAAAUAAC